AUGUACAACGAGCAAUGGCUGCUAACGACCUAUAGCCCCCUGAACGUUGAGAGCUUGAGCGAGAUCUCUACCCCUUUGCAUCAGAAUGCAACGGACUAUGGAAUGUACUCUGGUGACUCAUUCAGCUCAUUGGAUCCAUUAGCCCCGGAACUGCCAUCGGAAAUGGGGAAAGACCUUUCGUUUCUUCUUCGAUACGACAAUUAUCAUUCCCUCUCUCAAGUUGACAUACCUCAUGCUUUGCGGUCAGACUUCAUAUCACCUACAUCUGAUGAAACCCUGGCUUCAUCACUCAGCACUCUUGAAAGGCUCCUAGCGGAAGGCCAUUUCCUCUUAGCAGCGUACCUGGCCGGCACGAUCCUAACGUCGUCACUGAUAUCCCCAACAGAUAUCAAGGUGAUAUUUGCAUUGUUUUACACACGGCUCGCAUGUCUAGAGCUCUCCGGUAAUACGAACAUCGCAGCUCAAGAAUCGAAAGCGCUAGAAGAUUUAAGUUCGACCUUCUACUAUGUAGAGCCCAAACUAGCAGCGACCGAUGCCCGUGAUCACCAGCUGAGCUAUGCCCGACAUAUUGCGCCAUGGCCGCUUCGCGUCCUAGCUAUUAGGCUGCAGAGUAUCGGGUUCGGAGAUCCGCGCAGGGGAAUCGGGGGUUUGUACGAGCUUGGGCUUGAAGCCCGGAGGGAGAUCCUGCGCCCAGACAUCGAUCCAGCGGAACGUGAGAUCUGGAAACAGAGGCUGUCUGAUCUUGGGAUACGGACUGUGAAUGCGUUAAUUGAGAUGGGAGAUCUCUGCGCAGCCAAGAGGUCACUGGAGAGCUUGAGGAAGACAGAAUCAGCCAACGAGAUUACCAGGUUAAGAGCGACGCUUCUGCUACUGGCGAUCGGCGAUGUCGAUGCUGCAAGGCAGCUAUUCGAGGGCUUCGGCGAUACUGGCGACGCGAUAUUUAAGCCCCUUCUCAGUAUGUCUGAGGGCCGCUAUAAUGAUGCAGUUAUUGAAUGGCGUGAUAUCCUUGGGAACAACAGCAGGGAAGCCGACGAGGCGAUCAUUUCUCAGAACCUGGCUGUGUGUCUGUUGUAUACCGGUCAGCUAAGCGAGGCACGUGAGGCUCUGGAGACUCUGGUCCAGGCACAGCACUCCUUUUCCAGUCUGAUUUUCAAUCUAGCGACAGUCUAUGAGCUGUGCUCUGACAAGGCUAUGCAGUUGAAACAUGGGCUUGUCGAAAAGGUGGCCAGACAACCAGUCACAGGCCACACAAAUUUGGAUCGGCCGAACGCUGAUUUCAAACUGUGAAUAAGAUAGCUACUCAAACGAAGGUGCAGGGUGGCAUGU